AUGGCCUUCUUUGCACUACUCUUGUCCCUGACCACAGGCGUUGUUUUAGGAAUCUUCUUUAAAUUCCUGGAAACUCCAGCUGUCAAGGCCAACAACCGGGAUCUCUCCUACAUUCUUCUCGUCUCCCUCCUGCUCUCCUUCCUGUCCUCCUUUCUCUUCAUUGGUCAGCCUGGGAAGGUGACCUGCCUCCUCCGCCAGACUGCCUUCAGCAUCAUCUUCUCUGCUGCCAUCUCUUCCUUGCUGGCCAAAACCAUCACGGUGGUGGUGGCCUUCAUGGCCACAAAGCCAGGGAGCACGAUGAGGAAAUGGCUGGGGAAGAGCUUGGCAAACUCCACUGUCAUGACCUGCUCUGGCCUUCAAGUGGCCAUUUGCAGUGUCUGGCUGGGAAUCUCUCCCCCCUUCCCAGACUCCGACAUGCACUCCCAGCCUGGACAGAUCACACUGCAGUGCAACGAAGGGUCUGUCGCCAUGUUUUAUACGGCCCUUGGCUACAUGGGCUUCCUGGCUGCUGUCUGUUUCACGGUGGCUUUCCUGGCCAGGAAGCUGCCUGGUUCGUUCAACGAAGCCAAGCUGAUCACCUUCAGCAUGCUGGUCUUCUGUAGCGUCUGGGUGUCUUUUGUGCCCACCUACCAGAGCACAAAAGGGAAAUACAUGGUAGCCGUGCAGAUCUUCUCCAUCCUGGCCUCAAGUGCUGGCUUGUUGGGCUGCAUCUUCCUUCCCAAAUGCUACAUCAUUGUCCUGAGGCCUGAUCUGAACACAAAGGUGCAUAUAAAGAUGAGAAAAAAAGAAAAUAUGUGA